AUGUCUAACCCUUUAGAACACUCACAACAUGCUCAUGCGAACAUGGAAGAAUCACUCUUGACCUCUCUUCAAAAGCUGUCCAAUGCCUCCAAGGAUCGUAAUGAUAUCCAUCAAACGCCACUUGUCGAAAACAUGCAUUCACAAUGUGAUCCACAAUUCUUUCGAUUGACCAUUGAAGAAGAUCGAAAACGACUGUGCCAACUCCUCUCUUCCCAAUCCAUUCAAUUUGUACAUGAUACCAUCCAUUCUCAAUUACAAGAACUCGUACAAAUUGAAAAUCCCUCCCAUACACUCACUCCACAAGAACUCUCUCAUUACAUCACUCUCAAACUCCAAUCCUGUCCUAAUUUAGAAUCGUAUGGCGUUUGGGUGUAUUAUCCAUGGAAAAAGACAUUGUGUCACAUUCUCGAUUCUGAAGAAUUUUUCCAAGUGAGAACCAUUCGAAACGCCUUUAAAAUCUCACCUCAAGAACAAUUAACAUUGAGAGAGAAGAAAAUAGGAGUGGUUGGACUUUCUGUUGGAAAUGCAGUGGCAACAACACUGGCCAUGGAGAGAGUAUGUGGAGAGGUGAGAUUGGCUGAUUUUGAUCGUUUGGAAUUAACGAAUAUGAAUCGAGUGAGAAGUUCAUUGACUGAAAUUGGUGUUCCAAAGGUUAUCAUUGCAAAAAGAGCAAUUGUAGAGAUGGAUCCCUUCAUGAAAGUAGUGAUUUAUCCAGAAGGAAUUACCAUGGAAAAUAUUCAUGAAUUUAUUGGAAGUGGUCAUGACCAACUGAAUCUUGUUGUGGACGAAUGUGACAGUUUUGACAUUAAACUCUUACUUCGAAAGGAAUGUAAAAAGUUGAAAAUUCCAAUAGUCAUGGAGUGCAGCGAUCGAGGUUGUUUAGAUGUUGAACGAUACGACACAGAUCCAAAUUAUCCCAUCUUGCAUGGAAAGAUUAGUCAAGAGUUAUUAUCGGCUUUAUCGAAUGAUUUGACUCCAGAACAAAAAGUGAAACUCAUGGCUCAAUUUUUAGAACCUUCCAAAGCCUCAGACAAAGCUCUCGAGUCAUAUUUAGAGAUUGGAAAGAGUAUUACAUCGUGGCCACAACUUGCCAGUGAAGUUACAUUGGGAGGUGCUGUUGUUACCAGUGCUGCAAGAAUGAUCUUUUUGAAUCAGGGAAUCAGGUCACAACGAAAAUAUGUGGAUGUAAAUUCAGUAAUCAAUCCACCACCGUUCAGUUUGUUGAGGAAAUACAGAAGGGCUAAAUUGUUGGGUAAAUGUAUUAAGAAGGCAUUCAGUAAGAAGUAA